UAAAAACAUUAUAUAGAAAGAUACAAAAACGGCAGUGUUUCCAUUUUCACCUUUCCUCCGAAAAGGCCAAAAAAUUGAAAAAACCGGCAAAAGUGGGACCCACUCCCACUUCCCACACGCCACCGAGGAAACCAGGAAUCCGACGUGGCGAGAUCACCGCCGUCGAUACAGUCAAAUCCACGGCCGAGCAGCAUCGAACGGCUGGAAGCGGCGCUGCAGUCAACGCAUACAAAAAACUACGAUUGCCAAAUAUCUCAGCCGCUUGGAAGAUCCCGAGACGCUGCUGGCUAUAUAUGGACGAGCCCCCAAUCAGAGGAAUCCCGCAGCCAUUUGUGCUCUCCGAAUUCCGAGAUAGCGGCGGAGAGGAAGUGAGCGCGGCGGCGUUGGAGGAGGAGGCGACGCGGUUGCUGCUGCUGCCAAUGGAAAUGGAGGCUCCUGAAGGAAACGGCGUCGUCGGGUCUGAUGGAAAAGUCCACUCCGAUUAUCAUUUGGAUGUUGCAAUUCCGGAAACUGCGCACCAGAUUAGCCACGAUUCCUGGUUUCAAGUUGGAUUCGUUCUCACAACGGGGAUAAACAGCGCCUACGUGCUAGGAUACUCUGGCACCAUCAUGGUUCCGUUGGGCUGGACUGGCGGCGUGAUUGGACUUAUUCUAGCAACCGCGAUAUCUUUGUACGCGAAUUCUUUAGUUGCCAAGCUUCAUGAAUUUGGAGGGAAGAGGCACAUUAGGUAUAGAGACCUUGCAGGAUUUAUUUAUGGUAAAAAAGCUUAUGCUCUUACAUGGGGACUCCAGUAUGUGAAUCUGUUUAUGAUCAAUGUCGGAUAUAUUAUUUUAGCCGGAAGCGCCCUUAAGGCUGUGUAUGUUCUUUUUAGAGACGACAAUGAUAUGAAGCUCCCGUAUUUUAUUGCCAUAGCUGGGAUUGUGUGUGCUAUCUUUGCCAUUUGCAUACCUCAUUUAUCAGCGUUGCGUAUUUGGCUGGCGUUCUCUACCUUCUUCAGCCUUGUAUACAUCGUUGUAGGUUUCACACUGGCGCUCAAAGAUGGCGUUGACACUGCAGCAGAUUACAACAUUCCUGGAACAAAAGCAGGCAAGAUUUUCUCAACUAUAGGUGCAGCAGCAAAUCUGGUUUUCGCCUUCAACACCGGAAUGCUUCCAGAAAUACAGGCCACGGUGAGACCACCCGUCGUUCCAAACAUGAUGAAGGCUCUGUAUUUCCAGUUCACAGUUGGGGUUCUGCCGAUGUAUGCUGUCACCUUCAUGGGAUACUGGGCUUAUGGAUCCAAAACGUCGUCCUACUUGCUCAACAACGUCAGCGGCCCAAUCUGGGUGAAGACUUUUGCUAACAUCUCAGCUUUCUUGCAAACAGUCAUUGCUCUGCAUAUAUUUGCAAGCCCGAUGUACGAGUAUUUGGAUACAAGGUUCGGCAUCAAGGGGAGCGCGCUGGCUGUACGCAAUCUGUCUUUCAGAAUCCUCGUGCGAGGGGGCUACUUAGCUGUCACCUCGUUGGUCUCUGCGUUGCUGCCGUUUUUGGGAGAUUUCAUGAGCCUAACGGGGGCUGUGAGCACGUUCCCGCUCACCUUCAUCCUUGCAAACCACAUGUAUCUCAUCGCGAAGAAGAACAAGCUUAGCUUUCUGCAGAAGAAGUGGCAUUGGGCCAACGUCGUCCUGUUUGGAUGCAUGUCCGGUGCAGCUGCAGUUGCUGCCGUGAGACUCAUCGCUGUACAUUCGAGUACUUACGACGUUUUUGCUGAUUUAUAAUCUCUUGAUUUUCCCCUCUAGUUUUUGUGUUGAAGGGGAUCUGUGAUCUGAUUCAAGCUUUGCUAGUGGUGUUUGCCUUUUUUUCUUUUGUGUUAACUGUUAAGAUGAAAUAAUAAUUUAAGUGUAUUAGUUCAUUACA